AUGGAGACACCUCUCCACUUGACUAUUUUUCUUAAUUACCAGACCUCUAUUUUACUACUCUUGAUCGGCGGCUUUUCACUUGGCUCGUCCCCGACCACGUCAAAUCUAGCUGACGAGUUUGGCGAUUUUACUUUGUACCAACAUGGCAAUAUCUUGUCACCCCUUCUGAAGGCGCUAACAGCACAGGGAGAUCCAUGGCAAGACACGACUCCAAGAAUGAAACCUGAUUCGAGAUAUGUUCGAUACAUGAAAAGACUGUACAGGAUGUCUUCGAGACAUGAGAGGAGUUUGGAAGGGAACAACCACCUGUACAACACAGUUCGACUUAUAACCCCGCGGGGUGAGUGCCUGGAGCAAAGCAAAGAGUUCUUCAUGCAAGACCUCUCCUACAAUCUGGACCGUGUCAGAGCCAAGGAGCAGCUCCUGAAGUCUGUCCUGCUGUACUCCUUCGACCAAGAGCAGGCCACGUCCAUGACUACCCAAUGUUACCUAGAUGUGAAAGAGCAGGCUGCCCAGGAUCAGUGUCUUCUCUGCCCCAACACCCAUCACUCAGUCAACUUCCUGUUCCAUACGGACCACAGGAGGAAGUGGGUUGAGGUGGACAUCACGCCGUUCCUCCGACCUCUCAUCCAGUCCCACAAGAAGGACAUCCAUUUGCUGAUCAACCUGACGUGUGUGGAGGGCAGAGGCAGGGAGGCUAAGGCUGGAGGAGAGGAGAGGAGCGGUAGGGGCCCCGUGGAGCUCCACCUAAGGUCUCCGUCCUUGCUCCUGUACCUCAAUGACACCAGCGAGCUGGCUCACCAAAGAUGGCUGCCCACCAGGUCACAAGGUCAUCCGAGGUCAGCCAAUGAGAUGGACACCUUUGAGAGCCUGGCGGAGUUCAAACCGGAGCGAAGGAUCACCCGGAGCAAGAGGAGGAGACUGAGGAGAGAAUCUCCAGAUCUAUCCACGAACAACACACGAGGCAAAACGAGCCCGAAGACCAUCCUCCCGGACCUCCUCCCGACUUCUGACUUCCCUACGAGCGACUGUGCCUUGUACGACUUCAGAGUGAGCUUCAGUGAGCUCAAACUGAGCCAUUGGAUCAUUUUCCCCCACAGGUACAACCCCAGGUACUGUAAAGGCACGUGUCCCAGGGCUGUGGGGUUCAUCUACGGCUCCCCCAGACACACUUUCUUCCAGAACAUGAUCUACCACAUACUGGACUCCUCUGUGCCACGGCCUUCGUGUGUUCCCUUGGAGUACAUCCCCCUGAGUGUUUUAACCCUUGAAGGUGACUCCAUUGCCUACAAGGAGUUAGAUGACAUGAUCGCUACGAGGUGCACAUGCCGCUAGAGGCCCACCUCCAGGGUCAGGCUCAAUUCCAUUUGAACUUGGUGCAUCAACUGCCGCUAGACUUAUUUCAUCCUCAAGCGCUUGACUUUAGCAACUUUUGUGACUUUUUCACAAUCGCCUAUUGUAACAUCCUGGUCUGGUGACUUCAUGUCACUCAUCAGUGUCUUUGUCAAAACAUCAGUGCAUGGAGUUGGAUUUUAUCUAGAACAGAUGCAUUUACUUGCCAAAAAAGUAUUUUUAUCUAAAUAGAAAAUAUAGCAUUGAUUUCCUUUGUUUACAUGUUUAUGUGACGUGAUAGGCAGGAAUGUUGUGAAGAUGUCAUAUUCCUGCACUUACUGUCUGGUUUGUUUGUUUGCUUUGUUUGUGUUUUUGCAUUGUGUUGACGCAUGAGAACAUGGAUUGAUUUUUAAGUUAUUCUUUUUGUUAAUUUAUUUAGGGUGUUCUGACAUCUUUAGUCUCUUCUUUCACACUAACUGGUACAUUUUAAGUACAUCUGUUCUGGACAAAAUAUUUAAAAAAGUGGGCCUAUAUACUCGUAUCCAACACUUUCACGUUUCAUUUUAUUCCUGGGGAUUGCAGACUGUUGUUUCACGGACAACCUCUCUUUUCGUACGGUCCAGAAUGUAAGUUAUCUUUUAUAGACAACUUGAUUUUUGUGUGUAUUUAUUACCCUGGGUUAUGAAAUGACUGCAUACCUAAUAUAUUGACGAAUGGAACUAAAAUGCAUGUCAUCUAUUUAUGCAAAACAAAUGAAAUGUACUGUACGGUCUUGUUCGGCUCACUGAUUAUCACAAAAAAUAAAUGAAUAAUUAUCUAAAUAUUUGCUUGAAAAAAAAUAAAGAGCAUGCACAGAUCCUUGAGUAUUUAUUCAAUAUAAUUGUAAAUUGCAUGGUUGUUCUGACAUAAAUACACAUUUGACU